CUCAAUUUUCCCUCGCCACACGUGCCGCCAAUUAGGGUUUUCUUCCCUUGGUCCGCACGGAAACAAACUCAUCUAACUGGUUGGGUUUUCCGACUGCCACCGCCGCCUCGUCCUCCUCCUCGCUCUUGAUUGCUCGGAGUAAGCGUCGGUCUUUCUUGCGCAUGAUGGCGGAGGUGGUGUUGAUUGAGGAUAUAGAAGCAUCUGCUACGCGCCUUGGAAUCGAUCUUUCCUCGGUUGAUUUGGACUCGAUCCAACUCCCUCGUGGGGAAGAUUUUGGAAUCAAAAGCGAUGAUGAUGAUGAUUUAUAUCAAGAGGACCCUCUCGAGUUUGAGGCUGGAUUUGGGAACAUCAUUGUGGUCGACAAUCUGCCGGUUGUGCCGCCAGAGAAAUUUGAGAAGCUCGAAGGUGUCAUCCGCAAGAUAUACAGUCAGAUUGGCACAAUAAGGGAAGGUGGAAUUUGGAUGCCAGUUAACCCAGAUACACAGAAGACUCUAGGGUAUUGCUUCAUCGAGUAUAAUACUCCUCAGGAAGCGGAACUUGCAAGGGAGAAGACAAAUGGGUAUAAGUUGGACAAAUCACAUAUAUUUGCUGUUAAUUUGUUUGAUGAUUUUGAGAAGUACAUGAAGGUUCCAGAUGAGUGGAAGGCUGCUGAAAUUAAACCAUACACACCUGGGGAAAAUCUGCAGCAAUGGCUUACUGAUGAGAAAGCUAGGGAUCAGUUUGUUAUCCGUGCAGGUUCAAACACUGAGGUUUUCUGGAAUGACCCCAGGCAAUUAAUGCCUGAACUUGUCCAUCAGCGUCAGUAUUGGACUGAGAGCUUUGUCCAGUGGUCUCCUCUUGGAACAUACUUGGCCACAGUGCAUCGGCAGGGUGCUGCUGUCUGGGGCGGUGCUACUACUUUUAAUCGUUUGAUGCGUUUUGCCCAUCCUCAGGUGAGGUUGAUUGAUUUCUCUCCUGGUGAGAAGUAUCUUGUGACAUUCAGUAGCCAUGAGCCCAGCAAUCCUCGUGAUACUCAUAGGAUUGUGAUCAAUAUUUUUGAUGUGAGAACUGGAAAAUUGAUGCGAGACUUUAAAGGAAAUGUAGAUGAAUUUGCAACUGGUGGAAGCGGGGGUGUCUCUGGAAUUUCAUGGCCUGUAUUUAGGUGGGGUGGUGGUAAAGAAGACAAAUAUUUUGCAAGAAUGGGAAAGAAUGUUAUCUCCGUUUAUGAAACUGAGACGUUCACACUUAUUGAUAAAAAGUCCAUGAAGGUUGAAAAUGUUGUGGACUUUAGUUGGUCUCCUACUGAUCCUAUACUAGCCCUAUUCGUUCCGGAGCUAGGUGGUGGUAACCAGCCUGCCAGGGUUAGCCUUGUCCAAAUACCUGGCAAAGAGGAACUUAGGCAGAAAAACCUCUUCAGCGUCAGUGACUGUAAAAUGUACUGGCAAAACAAUGGAGAAUACCUGGCUGUUAAGGUUGAUAGGUAUACUAAAACGAAAAAGAGUACAUAUACUGGUUUUGAACUUUUCCGUAUCAAGGAAAGGGAUAUCCCAAUUGAGGUCCUCGAACUUGAUAAUAAAAAUGACAAGAUAGUGGCCUUUGCAUGGGAGCCCAAGGGCCACAGGUUUGCUGUCAUCCAUGGAGAUGGUCCUCGGCCUGACAUUAGUUUUUACUCUAUGCGAACCACCCUGAACAUCGGUCGGGUCUCAAAGCUCACAACUCUCAAGGCCAAGCAGGCCAAUGCACUCUAUUGGUCUCCUGCUGGACGCUACAUAGUGCUUGCUGGCCUGAAAGGUUUCAAUGGUCAGCUAGAGUUUUACAAUGUUGAUGAGCUAGAGACAAUGGCGACAGGCGAGCAUUUUAUGGCCACUGACAUCGAGUGGGAUCCCACUGGAAGAUAUGUUGCGACUGCUGUCACUUCGGUCCAUGAGAUGGAGAAUGGAUUCCAUAUUUGGUCCUUCAGUGGAAAGCUACUAUACCGGAUAUCCAGGGAUCAUUUCUAUCAGUUUGAGUGGCGCCCUAGACCACCUUCCCUCUUGAGUGCCGAGAAGGAGGAAGAGAUUGCAAAGAACCUGAAGAAGUACAGCAAGAAGUAUGAAGCAGAGGACCAGGAUGUCUCCAUGCAAUUGAACGAGCAGGAUAGGAGAAAGAGGAAGAUGUUGCAGGAGCAAUGGAACGAGUGGGUAACCAAAUGGAAACAGUUGCACGAGGAAGAGAGGCAGCUGAGGAUAGAGCUGAGGGACGGGGUGGUCAGCGACGAGGAGGAAGAGUAUGAAGCCAAAGAAGUGGAAGUCGAGGAGGUGUUAGACAUUACGGAAGAGGUUGUCGCCUUCGACUUGGAUCAAGAAUAACGACUCACAAACUUUCUUGUAAGGUUGAUUAGGACUCAUGCUUCUUGAAGCAAGAGAAUGUCUUAAUCGAAUCUAUUAAGAGGAUUCCAUGAAAUUUUGGUUCCCUGGAUUUAUUCUGGGUUUGAUAUUUUUUCCUCAUGUUGUUAGUUUUAGCUGUGGUUGGACAGCACUCCUGAUCAAAUGCUUAGCAAUUUUUAAACUUUGUUGUUUUUAACA